AUCCCCUUUCCCGAUGGAGAACGAAAUUGAGUGUGAGUUUGGCAUUUGCGAUCGUCGUUCACAUCGAUUUCGUAAUCGUGUCGCGAACGUUAUGGUUGGAGAUUUUGCUUCGUCCGCGGGGUCGCUUUGUGGUGUCGUUCCAAGCUCGAACAAUUAGAAUUACUUAUGAUCUUGGACCACCCGGUCGGCGACUCUCUGCGAUAAUAAGCUCUCUUCAAAUCCUCAGUAAAAGUACGCCAAACCCGAAGUGAAAAAAAAAAGUGACGUCGACAAGAACUGCAAGCAUGGUGAUUCAUCCUUCCCUCGGACUCAAUUGGUCGUCUUUCACGGCGUCCGAUUCAGCAGAAGUUUGUGGUCCUCCAGGGACAACUUUUACGAAAGCAACAUCAUCUUUGAUUUUUGCAGCUUCGCGCGGAGCUGGACCUCAACAACGUGAUGCCUGGACAAGCGGAAUUCUUGCGAGGUGGGUCGAAGAAACGUUUCUGAACACUCGGAGUUUGAAAAACGUCACAUCUUCCCGCUCCUCCCCCACCGCCGUUGGGAACAGCAGUGCGAGGAUGAUGACAAGCUUCAAAGACAAAGGCUUCCCCCUUGCCCCGGAGAAGACGAAUAAGUCCCCGCGGGAAAAGCUCGACGACGCCCUCAAUGCAAACGGCUCCCGCAAGGACCCACUCUGGUUCCAGGAUAUCCUGUGCAAAAGUAUCGUAUUCGUAUGGCAAUCAUGCAUUACAAAUCCUUAUCUGAAGGUAAAUCCGCAUUACAAAUUUUAUCUCUCAUGCUGAGGAAAUGGAAAUUUGUAAUGCAUUUAUACAUGUGCGAUGGGAUGCUUUUGCACUGCAUACAGGAUGGCAAGCACCCGUUCUUCACGGAGGAGAACUACGGGUACCUCCCACCCGUAGUGGAGAAAAAGAAACUCCGCGCCGCAGACGGAAAAUCGCUCGACCCGCCGAAAGACUUUGAUAAGCUGCGGGAAAACGCGUUUGUCGAGUCCACUGGGAAGAAAUCUGGGCCUCUACAACCCCCACCAACCGUCCCAGCAGUCGGCGGCGCGAAAGCCCUUCGAGCAGAUUCCAACAGCGGCGCGGGAAAGUUGGCGAAGGGCGCCGGCGUUGGGGUGGAUUUUAACCGGGACACGCUUUCCGAAGACGAAGACGACGGGGACAACACGAUCGACGAAGACGUGUUUGAAAUGAACGAUGAGACACCGGAACCCGCUCUGGAAACCAUGUCUUUGGACGGCUCCCAGCUGAGUGAGGAGCUGGUGAAGAUGAACUACGAUGCGACGCACGCGACGCAGAAAAAGGCGUUGGUCCACGACUUUUACCCCGAAAACCGCAGUCCGGUUGGGGGCUACUGCCCCCCGGGGCACCCGUCCUGCAUGACCGAGGGUGCGGUGGGGUAUGAUUUAGCGGAGGAAAUGGAGCGCACGGAGUCGGAAGCGGUUGAGGGGCCGGAUGGAGAGCUGUUGUUGAAGCCGGCGGAGUUGAAAGCAGGAGUGGAGAUGUGAUAUUUACUAGAAACUUCGCGAGGAGGUCAUCGUAGUACAGCUCGUUGUUUUCUUGGAGCUGGUGGUUGUAUGCUGUGCGAAUAGAAUGUAGUUUUUUCUUGAGAUGAAGAUGAACGCCCUCACGUCCUCGCGUCGGAUCAAGCCGGGCGCUUUCAGUGCUUGAAUUUCAAAGAAAGAAAAGCAGGAUGAACACCUCCACGAAAAGGAAAAACGCAUGUUGCUUUGGUGCAUAUAGUUUUGUCGUGCGCUCUGAGAAGCAGAAGUGCGAGUUCCUCGCUACAGGUAGC